AUGGAUAUUGAACCCUUGUGGGCUAUUGGGGGGUGGUCUUCUCUUUCAAAUUGCAUGGCAGAACCUAAAUCAUCAUCACCAAUCUCAGAACCUUUCUCAAAAUCACCCUCUUUUCUUCACCUCCUCACACUUUUCUUCAUCCUCCUCCUCCUCAUCAAUCUAUCCCACCAACCAUACCCUUCUACUAUGGUCUCUUCGGAAAACACCAAAGCAGCAGAAUCAACCAUGCACCCUCAGAAUGGCCACAACUCCCAUAGUCCAUCUUCUAAGGAUGCUUCUAGAAGAGAAUUUGGAGCUGAUGCUCAUGAAGUUCCAAGUGGUCCAAACCCUAUAUCAAAUUAA